CCCAAACACCGCAUCAAACCAAACACAACAGGAAAGCAGACACAUUCCAUCUCGCUCGGUAUUCAGACAGUAGCCAACAUGUACAAAGUUGAUCUUCCGGUGAAUGAGCGUGAGCCGAGGGCGGUGGAGCGUCGGCGGUCCGCGGAGGCUGAUCGGAGGAGCCGCAUACUCAAUCCCAGAGCUCGCGUGAUCGGUGUCGACCUGCCCGCGCUCAACAGGCAAGUGCAGGAGAAACGAGAACGACUGGAGAUGGAAAAGCAACGGGAUAUGGCGUAUGAUCUGUUGCGCUUGUCUCUUGAUGAAAUGGCAAUGCAACAGAAACAUGAAGAGGAGGAGUUGCGAAGAGAGUUGGGUCGGGACUUGGUACAAUAUCGUACAAUUUAUCAACGUGCAGAGGACAGUCGUGAUGCGGAUAUUAAUUAUGACCGACAGGGGGCGCCAGAUGUUAGUAUUUCUGCACUGGGACCUGCCAGUAUGCAAGUGUUUCAGGGAGAGGAUGUAAACGAGGGUGAAAGAAAAAGAGCUGAGAUGGAGAUGAACGAGAAAACCCUAAGAGCCCAAAUGGAGGAAAGAGAGAAACAAAAAAGACUGCACAAAAACAGAGAGCUCAUAACUGUCAGAGUGCUGGUGGAAAAUGACCUAAAGGCAGUGCAGCUAGAUGCCCUAAAGGAAGAGUGCAGAAGAGCUGCGCGGAUUGCUCUCAGCCAAUACAACCAAACUCAGGCAGAGGAGAGAAAUGAGAAGAAGCGUCAAGAGAAGUUAAGGAUAGUGGGAUCGGAGCAGGCGGAGGUUCAGUACAUGGUGACCUCUGACCUCCUGACAGAACGACCAGACGCUGCAAAGAGAAUGACUCAGUCCUCAGAGGGUUCACGAGUCCUGCCCGACCGUUGGAAGGGCAUGACCCCGCGACAGCUGAGCGACAUCCAAAGACAGAGAGAGAGACAGCGUUUUGAGAAAGAGAGACAGAAAGAGGCGGAGAAGCAGAGAGAGCAAGCCUGGGAUCAUCUUCUGAUGGAGCAGUCCAGACAGCAGGAGAGAGAGGAGAGGAUAGAAAGGGAACUGGAGAGAGAAAGGAGAAUUCAGCUGGAGAAAUACAAUCGACAGCUGGCUAGAGAACAACAAGCUCAUCGACAGCACCUGGACAAGCAGCUUUACACAAACCGCCCCAGUGUUGAGUACUUCACCCAGUUCAACAGGAGCUCUCGCUGAACUCUCAUUCUAUCAUCCUGCACAUCCUCUGGAUAUGAAAAAACUGCAGUUGUUACAUUCACAAAUUGAACUUUUUAAGAAAUAAAGAGA